AUCCUUAGUACAACACAGACAAGAGGUUAGGAACGAGAAAGUGAGUCAGUGGAAGAGCCUGGAGACCUAUUCCUACAACAAAUUCCACCCCAUGAAGGAGAUCUAUCAGUGGAUGAAACAGAUAAGUGAGAAGUACACAGAAGUGGUGACACAGCAUUUGCUAGGAAUGACCUAUGAGGACCGGCCCAUGUAUUAUCUGAAGAUCAGCCAACCAUCCAAUAACUCCAAGAAGAUCAUUUGGAUAGACUGUGGAAUCCAUGCCAGGGAAUGGAUUGCCCCAGCUUUUUGCCAGUGGUUUGUGAAAGAAAUUCUUCAAAACUAUAAAAUGAACUCACGUAUAAGCCGGUUCCUUGGGAAGCUGGACUUCUGUGUGCUCCCAGUUCUUAACAUAGAUGGUUAUGUCUACACUUGGACAACUGAUCGUUUUUGGAGGAAAUCCCGUUCAUCGCAUAAUAAUGGCACAUGUUUUGGGACGGAUCUCAAUAGAAAUUUCAAUGCAUCCUGGUGUACUGUUGGCGCAUCUAAAAACUGCCAAGAUAUAACAUUCUGUGGGACAGGACCAGUGUCUGAACCAGAGACUAAAGCUGUCACUAGCUUUGUAGAGAGCCGGAAGGAGGACAUUCUGUGCUACCUGACCAUACACUCUUAUGGGCAGUUUAUUCUCACACCGUAUGGCUACACCAAAAAUAAAACAAGUAACCAUGAAGAACUGAUUCGAGUUGGACAGAAGGCAGCAAAUGCAUUGAAAGCAAAGCACGGAACCAAUUAUACAGUUGGAGCAACUUCACAUGUUUUAUAUGAUGUAUCAGGGUCUUCAAAAGACUGGGCCCAAGGCAUUGGGAUCCCCUUCUCAUUCACGUUUGAGCUGAGGGACCGUGGUUUAUAUAGGUUUCUUAUGCCAGAAGCCCAAAUCCAGCCUGUCUGUGAGGAGACCAUGGAGGCUGUGCUCUCGAUCCUGGAUGAUGUGUAUGAGAAAUACUGGCCCUCCAACAGUACUGGAAAGGUGACAGCUGAGCUUGCUGGUGUCCUUCACUUUCUAAGUGAAUCCUACUUAGGACGCUGA